CAACGAUGACACGCACCCCAUUUGACGGGCCAAAAAUUCAUGAACUAACAACAAACACAUAAACAGAAGUAGCCACCUUCUUGCCUAAUUCCUUCUUAUAACGCUCUCUUUCUCCCCACCCCACCCCAAAAGAAAAAAGAAAUAGUAUCAUCGAAUUACUUAAAACAAAGAGGAGCAAAAGAAAAACAAAUAACAACUACACAAAACUCCUUUUCUCUGUGCGUGUAUUUCACACACCGAUGGGCCAAUCAUCUUCCACCGCUUUAGACCCGACCGAUCGGGUUUUUCUUAGUCCGCCGCGUUUUUCUAACGAGAUUGUUGAGUUUGCUGAGGAUAUCGUGCUUACUCGGGAUUAUACCGGUGAUUUGCCUGACGAUUGUUUGGCUUAUAUUUUUCAAUUUCUCGGGGCUGGGGAUCGGAAACAAUGUUCCCUUGUGUGCAAGAGGUGGCUGCGCGUGGACGGUGUCAGUCGUUAUCGGCUUUCUCUCAAUGCGCAUAGCGAGAUAUUGUCUUCUCUGCAGUCGAUUUUCACGCGCUUUGAUUCCGUGACGAAACUGGCUCUGCGGUGCGAUCGGAAGUCCAUCAGCAUUAACGACGACGCUUUCGUUUUGAUCUCUAUCCGUUGUCAAAAUCUCACGCGCCUCAAGCUUCGUGGUUGCCGCGAGAUCACGGACCACGGUAUUACUACAUUUGCUCAGAACUGCAAAACUCUGAAGAAACUUUCUUGUGGCUCAUGCACUUUCGGAGCCAAAGGUAUCAACUCGGUUCUUGAUCACUGCACGCUUCUGGAGGAGCUCUCCAUCAAGCGGCUUAGAGGAAUUCGUGAUGGAAUCCAGCUGAUCGGUCCAGGCGCCUCCGCGGCUUCAUCUUUGAAGUCAAUUUGCUUGAAGGAGCUGGUCAACGGUCAGUGUUUUGAACCUUUAGUAAUCGGAGCUAAAAAUCUCAAAACUUUGAAAAUUAUUCGUUGUUUAGGUGAUUGGGACAAUGUAUUAGAUAUUAUUGGAGAUUCAAAAAACACUUCUUUGAACGAAAUUCAUCUUGAAAGGCUUCAAGUAACUGAUCGUGGAUUAACUGCGAUAUCAAACUGUUCAAGUAUUGAAAAUUUACAUAUUGUCAAAGCUCCCGAGUGUACGAAUAAAGGGCUUGUUUCUGUAGCUCAGAAAUGCAGUUUGUUAAGGAAGCUUCACAUUGAUGGGUGGAGGAGUAAUAAGAUUGGUGAUGAGGCUUUAAUUGCUGUGGCCAAACACUGUCCUAAUUUACAAGAACUUGUUUUAAUUGGUGUUAAUGCAACCCACUUAAGCUUGACAGCCAUUGCCUGUAAUUGUUCAAAAUUGGAGAGGUUAGCACUUUGUGGGAGUGGAGCGAUUGGUGAUGCAGAGAUUGCAUGUAUUUCCGCAAAAUGUGUGGCGUUGAAGAAGCUUUGCAUUAAAGGGUGUGCUAUAUCAGAUCUUGGGAUCGAAGCACUUGCUUGGGGGUGCCCUAAUCUAGUUAAAAUUAAGGUCAAGAAAUGUAGAGGAGUGAGUAGUGAUGUGGCGGAGUGGUUGAGAGUACGUAGAGGAUCUUUAAUUGUUAAUUUGGAUGCUGAAGAGAUUGAUGGCUUGGAUGCUAGUGGUAGUGAUGGUGGACUGCAAGAAGGUGGUUUGGAGGUUCCAAUGAUGGGAGGGCAAGUAAAUGUUCCCGAUGCCUCAUCAAAUAUUGUUGGUAGAUUGUCAUAUUUAAAGGUAAAGAUGGGACUUGUUGCCGGUAGGAAUUUGGUGGCUGGAAAAUUUAGAAGAUGGACUAAUGGUGAAAGCAGCGGUUCUAAUGACAACUUAUGAAUGAUCUGUGAAAGAUUUGGAAAAAUCAAUCUUGCAUUAGAGACAUUAUUCUUGUACUUUGAUAGGUUGAAAUGCUUUUGUGUUUGAAGCCUCUUUUGGCUUCUGUGCUUCAUUAUUAUUUUUUUGAAAACUUGUAAUUCGUUAAAUGCAAAGAUGGCAGAAAUUGAUUGUGAAAGAUUUUUCUUAUUGCUGCUUGACAUUAUGUUCCGAAAACCAGCUAUGAAGAUUUACUCCUCCAAUUUGUUGUUUUGAUAUUCUCU